AAGGCACUGGGGGAGGAGGAAGCGGUAGCAGAGAUCUGAAUAAUUGAUUCUUCAGCCGCACCAGACGCUCAGGAGCGGGCGGAGAGCGCGUUUUCAGCACCAGGGACAGCGGCACAUCGCUGCAGGCACCCACUUCGCCAGGCAGUCGCCUAUCCUGGCCUUGUCGCCGCUGUGCGCCCCGGGAAAGGGUGGCAGUGCUCCGCGCCGCCGCCGCCGAGGGACUGCGGGGUCUGCCUCGGCCCGCCUCCAGGGAGGGCGGCUGCGGGCGGGAGAUGCUUUCGCCCACCGGAGCUCCAAGCCUCCCUGGCUGUCGCGGGGGCUGCUGCGUCUAGCCGACUGAGAACAAGUCCCCUAAGUUGACGUGGGGGCGCCCCUGCCUUCCUCCUCCUCUUCCUCCGAGGCGACCGCAGCAGAAGCAAGCCUCAGGAGCCCGGUUUUGCCAGUGCUGUGAACCAGGGUGGCUGGGCGCUCUUCGGACUCCCGUCGGGAAAUGGGGAGCUGAACGCCUGGUGGCGAGCUGGCCCCGCAGCGAAGGGCCCAGAGGGAGCUGCCAUCCCCCGCCCGCGCCUCUCUCCAGCGGGGACCGCGGGGAUCCCCGGCCACACGCGCGCGCGCUCCCACACUCACUCACACACACACUCGCCCUCACGCACACCACCAGCCGGAGCCUGGGCUGCGGAGAGGGCUCCCGGGCGCGCUUAGAGGACCGGGCAGCUGCUGUCCGGAGUGGGGCAGGAAGCCGAGCUCCGGCUUUUGGAGGGAGGCGCCGCGGGGCUAGCCGGAGCAUGGGGCUGGGUGAGCGCUGAGAGUCGCGGCCGCAGCCAUCAGCCCUGGAGAUGACCAGGAGCGGCCACUGCUGAGAACUAUGUGGAGAGAGGCUGCGAGCCCUGCUGCAGAGCCUCCGGCUGGGAUAGCCGCCCCCCGUGGGGGCGAUGCAGACAGCGCGGGACAGCCAGGGGAGCGUGCGGGGGCCGCAGCAUGCGGAAACCCGCUAAACCCGGUGGCUGCUGAGGCGGCCGAGAUGCUCGUGCGCGCAGCGCGCCCCACUGCAUCCUCGACCUUCUCCGGCUACAGGGACCGUAAGUGGCGACUAUGGGCAGACUGGGUUAUUGGACCCUGCUGGUGCUGCCGGCCCUUCUGGUCUGGCGCGGUCCGGCGCAGGGUGCGGCGGCGGAGAAGGGUCCCCCGGCGCUGAACAUUGCGGUGCUGCUGGGUCACAGCCACGACGUGACGGAGCGCGAACUGCGAAACCUGUGGGGCCCCGAGCAGGCAGCAGGGUUGCCCCUGGACGUGAACGUGGUGGCCCUGCUGAUGAACCGCACGGACCCCAAGAGCCUCAUCACACAUGUGUGCGACCUCAUGUCUGGGGCGCGCAUCCAUGGCCUUGUGUUUGGGGACGACACCGACCAGGAGGCCGUGGCUCAGAUGCUGGAUUUUAUCUCUUCGCAGACUUUCAUCCCCAUCCUGGGCAUCCACGGGGGCGCAUCUAUGAUCAUGGCUGACAAGGAUCCGACGUCAACCUUCUUCCAAUUUGGAGCGUCCAUCCAGCAACAAGCCACGGUCAUGCUGAAGAUCAUGCAGGAUUACGACUGGCAUGUCUUCUCCUUGGUGACCACCAUCUUCCCUGGCUACAGGGACUUUAUCAGCUUCAUCAAGACCACAGUGGACAACAGCUUUGUGGGCUGGGACAUGCAGAACGUGAUCACCCUGGACACUUCCUUCGAGGAUGCAAAGACGCAAGUCCAGUUGAAGAAGAUCCACUCUUCCGUGAUCCUGCUCUACUGUUCCAAAGAUGAGGCCGUCCUCAUCCUGAGUGAGGCCCGCUCCCUGGGCCUCACUGGAUAUGAUUUCUUCUGGAUUGUCCCCAGCUUGGUUUCUGGAAACACGGAGCUCAUCCCCAAAGAGUUUCCAUCAGGACUCAUUUCAGUCUCCUACGACGACUGGGACUACAGCCUGGAGGCGCGAGUGAGGGACGGCCUGGGCAUCCUAACCACUGCCGCAUAUUCCAUGUUGGAGAAGUUCUCCUAUAUCCCUGAGGCCAAGGCCAGCUGCUACGGGCAGACGGAGAAGCCGGAGGCCCCACCACACACCCUGCACCAAUUUAUGGUCAACGUGACAUGGGAUGGCAAAGACUUGUCCUUCACUGAGGAAGGCUAUCAGGUGCACCCCAGGCUGGUGGUGAUUGUGCUGAACAAGGACAGAGAAUGGGAAAAGGUGGGCAAGUGGGAGAACCAGAGCCUGAGCCUCAGGCACGCCGUGUGGCCGAGGUACAAGUCCUUCUCAGACUGCGAGCCGGACGACAAUCAUCUGAGCAUCGUCACCCUGGAGGAGGCCCCCUUUGUCAUCGUGGAAGACAUCGACCCGCUGACCGAGACGUGUGUGAGGAACACUGUGCCGUGUCGGAAGUUUGUCAAGAUCAACAAUUCAACUAACGAGGGGAUGAAUGUUAAAAAGUGCUGCAAGGGGUUCUGCAUCGAUAUCCUGAAGAAGCUCUCCCGCACCGUGAAGUUCACCUAUGACCUCUACCUGGUGACCAACGGGAAGCACGGCAAGAAAGUUAACAACGUGUGGAACGGAAUGAUCGGUGAGGUGGUCUAUCAACGGGCGGUCAUGGCGGUCGGCUCGCUCACCAUCAAUGAGGAGCGUUCUGAGGUGGUGGACUUCUCUGUGCCCUUCGUGGAGACGGGGAUCAGCGUCAUGGUUUCAAGAAGCAACGGCACGGUCUCACCCUCUGCUUUUCUAGAACCGUUCAGCGCCUCCGUGUGGGUGAUGAUGUUUGUGAUGCUGCUUAUCGUGUCCGCCAUAGCUGUUUUCGUCUUCGAGUACUUCAGUCCCGUUGGAUACAACAGGAGCUUAGCCAAAGGGAAAGCACCCCAUGGGCCUUCUUUCACGAUUGGAAAAGCUAUAUGGCUCCUCUGGGGCCUGGUGUUCAACAACUCCGUGCCCGUCCAGAACCCCAAAGGUACCACCAGCAAGAUCAUGGUGUCCGUGUGGGCCUUCUUCGCUGUCAUCUUCCUCGCCAGCUACACGGCCAACCUGGCCGCUUUCAUGAUCCAGGAGGAGUUUGUGGACCAAGUGACCGGCCUCAGUGACAAAAAGUUUCAGAGACCUCACGACUAUUCCCCACCUUUCCGAUUUGGCACGGUGCCUAACGGCAGUACCGAGAGAAACAUUCGUAAUAACUACCCCUACAUGCAUCAGUACAUGACCAAAUUCAAUCAGAAGGGAGUGGAAGAUGCCUUGGUCAGCUUGAAAACUGGGAAACUGGACGCUUUCAUCUACGAUGCUGCGGUCUUGAAUUACAAGGCUGGGAGGGAUGAAGGCUGCAAGCUGGUGACCAUCGGGAGCGGGUACAUCUUCGCCACCACUGGCUACGGAAUUGCUCUCCAGAAGGGCUCCCCUUGGAAGAGGCAGAUUGACCUGGCCCUGCUCCAGUUUGUGGGUGAUGGCGAGAUGGAGGAGCUGGAGACUCUGUGGCUCACGGGGAUCUGCCACAACGAGAAGAACGAGGUGAUGAGCAGUCAGCUGGACAUCGACAACAUGGCGGGCGUGUUCUACAUGCUGGCGGCUGCCAUGGCCCUCAGCCUCAUCACCUUCAUCUGGGAACACCUCUUCUACUGGAAGCUGCGCUUCUGUUUCACGGGCGUGUGCUCCGACCGGCCGGGGCUGCUGUUCUCCAUCAGCAGGGGCAUUUACAGCUGCAUUCAUGGAGUGCACAUUGAAGAGAAGAAGAAGUCUCCAGACUUCAACCUGACCGGAUCCCAGAGCAACAUGUUAAAACUCCUUCGGUCAGCCAAAAACAUCUCUGACAUGUCCAACAUGAACUCCUCAAGAAUGGAUUCCCCCAAAAGGGCUGGAGACUUCAUCCAAAGAGGUUCCCUCAUCAUGGACAUGGUUUCAGAUAAGGGAAAUUUGAUCUAUUCAGACAACAGGUCCUUUCAGGGGAAAGACACCAUUUUUGGGGACAACAUGAACGAACUGCAAACAUUCGUGGCCAAUAGGCACAAGGACGGCCUCAAUAACUAUGUGUUCCAGGGACAGCACCCUCUCACGCUCAAUGAGUCCAACCCCAACACGGUGGAGGUGGCCGUGAGCACAGAAUCCAAAGCCAACUCCAGGCCCCGGCAGCUUUGGAAGAAAUCCAUGGAAUCACUGCGCCAAGACUCCCUGAGCCAGAACCCUGUCUCCCAGAGGGACGAGGGAGCAGUGGAGAACAGGACCCACUCCCUAAAGAGUCCUAGAUACCUUCCAGAAGAGGUGGCCCAUUCGGACAUCUCGGAAACUUCGAGUCGGGCCACGUGCCACAGAGAGCCAGACAACAAGAACCACAAGACCAAGGACAACUUCAAAAGGUCAGCAGCCUCCAAAUACCCCAAGGACUGCAGUGAGGUCGAGCGCUCCUACCUGAAAACCAAAGCGAGCUCCCCCAGGGACAAGAUCUACACCAUCGAUGGUGAGAAGGAGCCCAGUUUCCACUUAGACCCUCCCCAGUUCGUUGAGAACAUGGCCCUUCCCGAGAACGUGGAGUUUACAGACCCCUACCCAGACCACGACGAGAACUUCCGCAAGGGGGACCCCGCGCUGCCGGCCACCAGGAACCCCCUGCACAAUGAAGACGGACCCCCCAACAAUGACAAGUAUAAGUUCUACUCCAAGCACUUCACCCUGAAAGACAAGAGUCCCCCUCACAGCGAGGGCAGCGAGCGGUACCGACAGAACUCCACCCACUGCAGGAGCUGCCUUUCCAACCUGCCCACCUACUCAGGCCACUUCACCGUGAGGUCCCCAUUCAAGUGCGACGCCUGCCUGCGGAUGGGGAACCUGUACGACAUCGACGAAGACCAGAUGCUCCAGGAGACAGGGAGCCCGGCCGCCCAGGAGGAGGUCUACCAGCAGGACUGGGCGCAGAACAGCACCCUCCAGUUCCAGAAGAACAAACUCAGGAUCAGCCGUCAGCACUCCUACGACAACAUUCUCGACAAACCUCGGGAGACAGACCUUAGCAGGCCCUCCAGGAGCAUAAGCCUCAAGGACCGGGAACGGCUUCUGGAGGGAAACCUGUAUGGGAGUCUCUGUAGCGUGCCCUCAAGCAAACUCUUGGGGAACAAAAGCUCCCUCUUACCCCAGGGUCUGCAGGACAGCAAACGGAGCAAGUCUCUCUUGCCGGACCACACCUCCGAGAACCCUUUCCUCCGCUGCCAUGGGGACGAGCGACGCUUAGUCAUUGGGAGAUGCCCCUCGGACCCUUACAAACACUCGCUGCCAUCCCAGGCCGUGAAUGACAGCUACCUUCGAUCGUCCUUGAGGUCCACAGCGUCGUACUGUUCCAGGGACAGUAGAGGCCACGACGACGUGUAUAUCUCAGAGCAUGUUAGGCCUUAUGCUGCAAAUAAGAACAAUAUGUACUCCACCCCCAGGGUUUUGAAUUCCUGCAGCAGUAGACGUGUGUACAAGAAAAUGCCUAGUAUCGAAUCUGAUGUUUAGAACCUUCCAUUAAUGUUUUAUCUAUAGGGAAACAUACGUAACAGCCAACGUUCUGGAGGGUAAAUGUCGGAUGUCCGAUGGUGCCUGCAAAGAGAAGGGGAUUUAGGAAGGUAUUUUUUUUGUUGGUUCUUUUGCACCUGGCUCCACGCCAUACAUAGUCUUCCCCUCAAGGAAUCUUGUGAGGCGUGUGCUGAGCAUAGCAGAUACCGGAUAGGUGAGUCCUUAACCAAAAAAAAAAAAAAAAAAAAAAAAGCAAAUAAAUAAUAUAUAAUAGGGCAGGUCUCCGGGACACGCCCUCUAGGGAUGUUGGCAAUAACGAUGCGUCAGAGGCCAGUGGUGAUGUUAUGAUUUUCUAUAUUCCAAAGUCCACGAAGACCAGUCCACCAUGUAAUUUCCUCAUCAGAAAUGCCUAACGGUCUCUCUCAUCCAGAAUAAGCAAUAUGGUACGCAUGUAAACCCGACACAGACACAGCAGUUAUGAACGCGUCUGCACCGCAGCGAGAUGGACGUGCAAGAGAUGAGGAAGUUUGGCUUUGUACCCGUCUCAGCUUUAGUGUCAUGCCUCCCGUCACUGCCCCGGCCCGGCCCCAGAACCAACCCCAGGCUCCCCCCCGCCACCACCACCACACACACAAAGAAUCACAAAUUCCCAUGUUCAUAGUAACCAUGCUACCUUCACUAGAGUCUGUUUCCAAGACUCAUCUGGAGGAAAAGGCCAGGAGGGCCCUCAGGCGGAGAACGACGAGAAUCUCUCUGGAUGUCAACUUGUGUGUUUCACAGACACUCUCUCACCCUUGGCUUCGAUGGUCUUGUUCAGAGCUGCACAAACCGAUACGUGUAUGUCUCCGACACCUAAUCUGUGGAUCUUCUGUCUCUGGACACAGAGGCUGUUGUAGUUUAUCCCGAAGAUUCCUAUGUACGUAAGUCUGUGUUCCCCCCCCCUUCUGGUGACGACUCAGGGUUGUAUAGUAUCUGUUACCCCUUACCUCCUAGAGUGACCAUCACUCGUUCAGUCCCCGAACAGCUAUGGUGGAGUCCAAGUGUGUGUCACUGUUCCCAGGGUUGUCAACAUCGUGGCAUAUGCCAGCAGCCACGUGAUCUGUAAAAAGUACAAUGCCGUCUGUCCACUGAAGGCUGGCACGCUUUUAGGUUGUCCUUAACCUCAUGAAGUUCAGUUGGACAUUCGUUCCCACCCCAACCUCCUCAGAUCAAAAGCCUUCAAAACAUGAGAGACCCUCAUGCAUCGACCCUGAGCAUCCUCCAAAAUCGUGGAUAAACUUUAGUGGCAAACACGAUUACUCUCUUCUGAAAUACUCGCUCGAUUGGAGGCACAGUGCUUCACCAGCACCAACAGAGAUCUAGGACAAACUCCCCAGAGCAUUUGUCAUUUCCGAGCCACCCCCGUUGUCCGUUUCUUGCUUUACUCAGACCUGUGCGUGUGUGAUAUGAAAUGAUACGCCUUUAAAAAACAGUGCGGGGAGAAGGGGAAGCUUCAGCAUCAGAAGCUCUUGGCACAGUGCCUCGCUCACACCAAGAGCCCCCCCCCCUCAAAAAGGUAGUUGUUACGUUCUGACACUUUAUCAGAAUUUCCUAGUUUAAAAACUAAAUAUUAUGACCCCCACAAACAAUGUUAGUUGUACAUUUUAUAUAGUUCUGAUUUAGGUUAUUUUACAUUCAUUAUCGCCCCUGAGAUUUCUGGGAUGACUAGGCCUCAGGUUCUGUAGAGUAGCUGAGUCUGCUUGACAAGAUACGGUGGAAACCCUAAGCUAAGAUGAACCUGACAGUCUCCUGGUUUCCUCCCGCAUUUUGCUUUGGGUUCUCAGAGAAGGGGACGGAGGGGUAGCUACCCUGUUUCUUUUACACAUGGCACGUUCUGUCUUGUAGGCAGGGUUUUCCUGCCAGGGGGCGGGGCCAGGAACGAUUCUUUCAGAGCUUCAGGAUUCAUUGAAUAGCUCCAUCGUUGGGCCAGUGCACCCAGCAGUAAUGAGAAGUGGUCGCCGUAAGUUUCAGGGUCAUCGGUGGGGAGGCAGAGGGGCCAAAAGUCCUCUCCUCACCUUUGAGGUUGAGAGGCUCAAGAGGCUGGCCAGGCACCGAGGACAAACGUAUGCAGACAUUGUAUUUUCUUUCUCAGAUGGUAUGCUUCUGCUGCCCAAGAGCCAACAGUGGAGAAGCCUAUAUCCAUUCCGGUCUUAGGCACAGACCUUGCUGUUUUGUGUUUUAGAACUUUCUGCCUCUGCCCUCCCAUUGCUUUCCAGACCUACAUUCCCCCCAGCCAGGAUCACCUCCCUCCCUCACAAGACUGGCGUGUCAUGACAUGAAAUGAAUUACAAAGUCUCCCCAGCACACACGGCAGUGUUGUGUCAUCAACCCAAAGAGGCUUUCUGUCUUCUUCCCGUGUCCUCAAAACCCAAGGGGGCUGCCAACUGUGACAGAGGCCUCCAGGGAGAAGGUGACUUACACUCAUAACGUCCCAUAGAUCAAAAACCCUCCUGCUAACAACAGCAUAAUUUCCGCUGUUAACCCCAUGUUUAUCUAGGUAAAGAAGCAACAGUAACAUACUGAAAAAAACACGUGCUUCCUUUAAUACCCAAAGUGGUUUUUUUUUUAAACAAAAUAAACAAUGAGGAUUGGAAUGCUCUAUAUAAUGAAUGUAUAAUUUCCCUCUUUUCCAAAUUUGUUGACUCUCAACGGUGAUGAUCGCAAACAUCAGAAAAUUGACCGUCGAAUCAGAUGGGCAAUUGCCAAGAGAAAGAUAAUGACGCGGAGCAAUUCCAAAGUAAUCAAGUCAGUUCUGUUCUUUGCAGAAGCCUAUCAAGGCAUAAAUAGGAAGCCCUUGACUCUGGACCCAUCACAGACAGUUCCGCUGACAUGCCAGCUUGAGAUCUUAGAUCUCAAAGAGCCAGAAUCUCUGAACCCAAAUUUGUGCCUGAGUUUCACCUGACUCAAGUCACAGCUGGCAUCCAUAAUGGUACUUUGGCCACCCUAACUGGCCUUCUCUACUUGAGAGGGAUCCGGCUCGUACUUCUGAAGGCAGAUACAUACGUUUCUGUUGAUCGGUAACAGUAUACACAGGCCCAGCUUAAAACAGUCUGUGUAAGAGGAGGGCCUUCUAGGGCAUGAAUUACACCCUGGAAACCUUUGAGUUUCUCAAAAAUAGUCCUCACUGUCCUUACAGUCUUAGACCACUUCUGGCUUCACUGAUCUGAGAAGACAGGUUCCUCGUGCGUCUGUGUUUCUGCCAGUGAGGCUUCCUUGAGAGGUGCGGGAUUUUGAUCUCCCCACUCUUCUGUUCUCUGCACAUCUCACUUUGUCAUUACAGCCAGCCACGUGACUGGGUGUCUCGUGGAUUAGACUAGGUUUCUCUUCCCUGUUGCAGGGAGCCUAAGAAGUUUUCACCCUCUGCUGUUCUGAUGAAACCGAUCAUCGCAGCAAAAAUCAGUCAAAUCGACUCACACUUAUUUUCAAGGAAGGAACAAGAAAAUUACACCUUGUUUACAAAUGAAAUAGUUUCACUUAAAUGGGACUCUCGCCAAGGCUGUUAAUUAGUCAACAGAUCCGUAGCAGUCAUACAGCCCUACAUUGUUUAUUCUAUUUGAUAUGUCUGCCAGUGAUGUGUGUUUAAUAUUCUGCGUCCUUCUCAGGAAAUGACAAAUGCCCUGAAUUCUUGGCAAAUAGAAUUGCUAAUGAAAAAGGAAAAAAACAAACAAACAAAAAAACAAAGUUGGUGUUAAUUAAAUGGUGAUUAAAAAUUUAUGUCCUUUCAACCUAAGAAGUGCAGCUCUAAUAAUCGGUUGCCGUAUAAAUAAAUACCUUGCACUGAAAUCCCUUAUGGCAUAAGACCUAAAUAAAUACUCAUUUGAGAAACCAAAAUAUCUUUCAGAAGAGCUGAAUAUAUUUGUUAACUUCAGGCACAUCCCUGUACUGUUUCUUUGUGCAGAGCUGUUGUUCAGGAAUCCUUGCGAAGGGGAUUUGAGUUGUUUCUGAAACAGAGGCUGUUUGCGUUUGACCGCGACGAACGUGGGCAGAACUCAGAGUUCUAGGGGUAAAAAAAAAAAUGGCACGUGUGGCAACAAAACUCAUUGGUCGGUAUUUCAUGGGAGUCCAGGGUUCCACGUAAAGGCGGUCUUCAAUGCAAAAGCAGUGUUUAUUUCCACCUGAGACAAAAUUAGGCCUUCCGGAUGCCUCAUAUUCUUUUGGCCAACAGGGUUGGAAGUGCUGAAUGAGAGGUUUGGUGGGGUCUAUACCAAAAUUCAGUUGUGCUUUUCCAUUCAACCCCCUCACAUCAUGCUGUGUUCACAUCUAGUCCUAUCCGAUGAGGUCAGCUUCCCACUCGAUAGACAUCAGACGUGGUAAAACGCACUUAUCCUGUGAAUACCAAUGCUCGGGUACACAUGUACAUAUCAUACACAUGCUUGAUUUCUACAGUUCACACGUAAGUGUAUUAUCCAAAUAACAUUGUAUAUAGUGUAAAGUUUAUGUUAAAAAUUAUGUGAUGAUGAUGGUUACGGACCCGCGGAAAACCCAUUCUGGUUAUCGGUGCAAGGAUAUGUAGGAAGAGAAGCCACUCUUUAAAAAACAACAACUCAGUUCUAGGGAGGAUGGCAGGGCCCAAGUGGAAUCUGGGGGGUUGGUGUCCUUGGAUUCUGUUCAAAAACGGUAUGUGGGGUUGGGGCCCAGCACACGUUCUACUCACACUUACUUCUGAAGACAGUGCCGACACGGACGUGUGUGUGAUUUCUGCAAACCCGUCAAAGGGCAUCAUCCCCAUCGUCUUCCCCAUCUCCACGUGUGUGCCCGGAAGUACUCUUGAUCUGGCAUCAGCUAAAGAUGCCUGCCCAGAAGGGUCUUAGAAAAACAGAACUUAUAGGACCACACCAAGAUUUGGGGGGAAGGGAGGUGAGAAAAUCAAGAGAUAAUGAAGGUCCCAAAAAGGCACCAUCUGUAUAAGAUGGUCAGACAGACAGUAUCAGAGCCAGGUCUGGAAACCAAGACCCACACGUAUGGUCCACGUAAUUCUCCACCUGGUUCCCUGGACCAGGUGACUCAGUUCUAGGCUUCUCUCACAAGUGGUCUCCGGGCACCUCUGGGAUAAGAGCCAGAGAACCUCACAGAACUGACCCCGCUUUCUUUGCCUCUUGCCUUAUACAGACCCAUACAUCCCUCUUUGAAUUCGGUUUUCCCUUAAGCUCCCCAACACUCCCUGCCUCAGAUUCCUGGGGAAGAGAAACCUUUUCUCAGGGACCUGUUCCCUGGAAAGUCAACAAGGAAUAGAGUUUAAAACCUCAAACCAAAGAUGAAAGCUGGCAGUGAUCACGGAGGUAACAGUUCUGUUUCUUAUGAGCCAAGGAUGAACAAAGGACACUGACCAGCUGAUAGCACUUGCUUAAGGAUCUACUCUCCUUUUAAGACCAAUUUGGGUUUGGGAGACGCAAGGGUGAUAGAAAAUAUAUAGUCUCUUCCCAUGAGCAGCUUACGGUCUAGAAAUUCAGCUCCCUAGGACAAAAGAUAACUGAGGACCCAUGAAACGCAAGCAGAGACUGAGUAUAAAAACUGGAAAUGAUAAAUCAAGUUCUUGCCAGGAAAUAAAAAUCUAACUUUUUCCAGGAUCAAACAAACAGACCCCUCCUUCCUUAGACCUGUAAGUAACUCUGGAAAAUACAGUCUCCCGGAGAUACCCUUGAUGAUUUGAACCUUCCAAGACAGAGCCUGGGAAAGCCAAGAGCAUCUAAACAGGUGACCAGACUUACCCUUCACGUUUGUGUGCAGGAGACUCAGAUCUGGGUCCAUGGGGUUCUCCAGCUCUUGCCAAAUCCUGCCUCCUUCCAGCCCCCCUUUAUGAUGUGUGCUUCAAGAAAAGGUUGAAAGAAAUCGCCAAAGGAUUAGAACACAGACCGUGAUAUAAAAAAACUAUUUCCUGAAAGGUUUUUUUGUUUGGUUGGUUUUAUUUUUGACUUAUGAAGAAUACUUUUGAUAGUUCAGGGUAUAAAUGUAUCAGGGAAGGGAGUGAGGAGAAUUCCUUGUUGAGUCCCAAGUGCCUACUGUGUGGCUGACAGAAGAGAGCUCAUCAGGUUCCCUGGAGAGAAAAUGGGGCAAACAGAUGGUGAGAAGAAUCAGGAUGUGUUUCAGGAAUCGGGGGGGGGGGGGCGUGGAGGGGGCAGAGCUUCUUUUCUCUCUGUCCCUCCCGUUCUGUGCAUUGCCAGGAUGUUGGAGUCUCUCCUUGUCCCAGCUACGUGCCUUGGGUCAGUCAGCACCUGAGUUUGGAAGUACCAAAAUGUCUCCACACAGAGUGUAGACUAUCCUAGGCAUAUCCUAGAACGAGAUCCUCAAAAUAACCAUAGGAUAGAAGUGUGAUUGCUCCCAUUUUACAGAUAAGGAAACUGAGGCUCAGGUUGGUCUCAGCCUCAUCAGCAACAGGAAUUUGCUAAUAAACCCCUAACGUUGGGUGUAUUCUUGAAGUGCCUGAUCUCUGCCAGGGAGGUCAGAAUGCGAGUCGGAAAGAGAGAUGUGCUGUUUUGAGGUCCCCGGGGCUCUCUCUGGAGUUUCAGCCUCUGUGGGGAGGAGGUUUGUUAGUGUCCUACCCCCCGUUGUCUGGUUUGGGGUGUAUUGAGAACUCCUGGGGAUCUCACCUCUGUUCAGGUCCCUUUUGAGACUCGAAUGCGGUUUUGCGUCUCUCCCCAUACGCUUGCACUCGGCAUUCGCUUUUUUUGGUUCUUGGGGAGUUACUAUCUCUCCUUGGCACGUGCCUACUUUCAACUAUCCCUUUCCACCCCUAUCUUCUUUUUCUCAGUAGACAUCAGGGUUCAUUCCAUUCAACAUGGGCAAAUCGUAUUCUCCCACGUGUGUGCGGGCACACAGGCCGCCCCAGGGUGCCCCCAUUCAAGCUCCCCUAAACAUUAUGGCCCAUUUUCAGAAAGGUCCUGUUACUUGCAAGGGACCGUCUCUGCAGGGUCAUCACUGGCACCAAGGUAACUACUGAACCAUGGAGUGUUCCGUUUGCCUCCUUAAAGGGUGUCGAUCUGGAAUGUUUCCAUCGGGCUCUCUGGGAGUCCAAGAUGACAGCGUGCAUAACGCAUCAGGGAGGCCAAGACCCUGAGCCCGUGUGUUCCUUUCUUGCGCGGCUCCUGUGUUCUGAGCCACAGAACAGCGGGCGUUGAUGUUUACCAUGAACUGGGGACACAUUAAGGUCAUUUUAUAGAUGAAGAAACUGAGCUGAGAUCUGAAGGAAUGUUCUUCUGGGAGGUUCUGUGAUUCAGUCCUUCUGGAGGGCCAGUGCAUCUAACUGAGCGCCCGUGUCCCCAUCCCUGAGAAGUUCUCUAGCUGUUUACAAUCUUCCAAGCUGGCAGUCAAAAGUCUCUUAAGACAGAAAAGUUAUUAUGAUUUAAUAGCUCUUUUGAGAUCCUGUCAUUGGGUCUACAAGGGCAUGACAACAUUCUCCAGGGGAUGAUGAGCUGUGCAGAAACUGGAACACUCCAAAGAACCAUCUGGCUGGUAGGGGUUCUUCUCUGGGGCUGUAUUUCAAAGCAUACAGCUCUCCAGGGAGCCAGAACCAAACUGUCUCCAGUAGCAUCGUUUCUCAGAUCAACUUCCUCCAAUAAGGUGUCCGCAGUGUGCAGAGACAAACAGGACAAAACUGAGAUUAUCACUCAUAUAAACCCCUCUUAGGGACCAGGUCCAUGAAACAGUAAGUUUGCAUUUUCGCGAUUCUGGAACAUUCCUCAUUAGCAGUAGCCCUGGGUCAUAACCUCCUCCAGUUAAUUCUCUCACACCUUUGGGAAGGAUUUAAGACGAGCCUUCUAAAGAAUAUUAACGUAACACGUAGCCAAUACCACAGCUGCCUUUUAAAUUAAUAAGGUUAAUUGUUCUCCAGCAAACAUAAGUUUGUCUUUGGCAUUUUAAAUGCUUCUCAUUGAUCUGACAUUUUGCUGUUUCAAGCUUUUAAAGGGCUCAAAUCAAAGACUAUUGAUAUCUGAGCAAAUAGUGAAGGUCCAGAAAUAUAAAAACAUUGUCAGUUUUUCCAUGAAAAAUAAUCAUAGCCUUUUGAAUUCAACUGAGGUUUUUACAUUGCAUUACAUCUAAGACCUAUCGAAUUAUUUCUAUUCUCAGUUAAGCUAAUUCAAAUAAAUGAGCGGUAUUGACUUUUUAAAACGAUUUUAUUAAAAAAAAAAAAAAAAACUCUAGGUUCAUUAGGUUUGUGGACAUAGCUCUGAAGCCCUGGCCGCUAAGGAAAUGUUCCAGUUUAGAAACUGAAGAUUCGGAGUAUCUGGGGUCAAAUUCAGACGAUCAUCUUUGAAAAUUCUGGUGGAUUUACAAACCUGAAAAUGGCACUUUAACUUUCACGUUCCCCCACAUUUUUCACUGGGAAAGGAUGCCAAGUGUGUAUUUUUUUUUUUCCCAAAUCGGAGAUAAGGCCAAGAAUAACAUUUUCUUAGAAAAUUCAGGAAACUACUCGGUAACAACUAAUUACACGGCUAGAUGGGGCUCAGAGGCCUUCCAAGCCUGAGGUUCCUCAAAGAUUUCUUUAUCAGUUGUUCUUAAGCUAUGAGUCUUAGUCUCGGUUCCUUCCCCUGCUAAAACAAAUUGAAAAGCAUACACUUGCCAAAUCACUUAGUCGGUAGAAUUUGCUGUUGAUCACAAAAGGAUGUUUGUGCAUAUGUGUUUAUGUAUAGUAUAUAUAUUUCAAGCUGAAUAUUCCGAAAGGAUGAGGUGAGUUUCACGGGUGGUUGGAAUAAGAAAUAGACCAUCAGAGUCACCAACAGUGGCCUUCUCAGACAGAAAAAGAGGGUCAACUAUUCACCUUCCAGACACAUGACGACCUGUUGCGUAACACACAGGCUGGUCAUUUACCCACAAGGAAGGACUGGGAAGCAGCUUUGAAGACCCAUGUCUGAGUCCAUCCCUCACCCAACAUGGGCAGGAUUGAACACUCCAUAUGCAGAGCGUUUCCCAUUCACAGCGACACCCAAACCCAGUCCAAAAAAACCCACAUCAGAACUGGCUUGAUCUCUUGUAUGGUGGGGCCCAAAGCAAGCUGUGUGCUCCACUCAAUGGUCCUCAUUUGGGAACAGACACUCACUUACCAAUCCCAGCAGUUUAUACCUGUCAUGUUUUAAUCAACCGCAUGAGGAAGUGCUGAUAACUGUAUUAAAUAUUUCCAAGCAUAGCUACAAAAUUACACGUUUGCUUAACACCUUUCUAUGAUAGAGGAAGUAUAUACUAUGGUUGUCUUCUUGUAGUACGUCUUUUCUUUUUGUUCAACGUGUUCUCAACUGUUUUAAGGAAUGGGGUUUGAAACUGUGUGUGCAAACUGAUAUAUGUACAUAACUCCCGAGGCAACAAAAGUGCCCAGUCCUAUGGUGUAAAAAUGUAAAUACAGGAAAAUUUCAUUUUUCUAAUAAAGAUAAUUUCUGCCGAUUGAUAUGAAAAUGAGAAA